CUUUCUGCAUUAUGGGCCUCUAGCCAAGACUUUCCGGCUGUUUCUUCCAGUUGCCCUCAAGAAAUUGAUAACCAAGAAGAAAGGGAUGAAAUGAUAUGCCCUUGUCGGUCUUCCGACCACAUCCGUCCCUGUACUCCCUUCGUUGGUCUUUUCUCCGCUAUUUAUCUUUGACGUCAACCCAGCUGGCUGUAGACGCUGGCUCCUGGUCUCCCUUUUCAUACAGUCUUGGUCUCCCUUCCAUAACAGACCCUGAUGCGGUAACACACUACAGUACAGCUUCCGUUGCGUAGCUUUGGUGAAGUCAAACCCCGCGCGAUGGCGGCCUCCGAUCCUGUACGCGCCCACGAUAGUGGCUCCUCCGCCGGCCGAUCCCCAGUGCAUAUGGCGACCACAACAGUCAAGGUGGAUGGAAUGACAUGCGGGCAUGGUCUGGAAGGUGUAGGAGAGGUGUCAGUUAGCUUGAUGAUGGGCCGAGCCGUCGUCCAUCAUGAUCCGACCAUAAUACCUGCGGAAGCAAUAGCCGAAAAAAUCGAUGACUCUGAUGCGCAGGAUCCGACGCCGCGAUUUUCGACCACGACGUUGGCGGUGGAAGGAAUGACAUGUGGCGCCUGUACCUCUGCUGUGGAAGGAGGACUCAAAGAAGUCAGAGGCGUCAAAUCGAUCAACGUCUCAUUGCUGUCAGAACGAGCAGCGGUGGAGCAUGAUGCUUCCGUGAUCACGCCAGAACAGCUCGCGGACAUUAUCGAGGAUCGUGGCUUCGGCGCGACGGUGCUGGAAACCUCAACGCCGCAGGACGGGCCUCGUGGCUCGCAGGAAGAUGCGGACGCUAAAUCGCGCCUCAUGAACACAACCGUCUCUAUAGAUGGCAUGACGUGUGGCGCUUGUACAUCCAGCGUGCAGAGUGCAUUCGAUGGUGCUGAUGGUGUGGUUCAGUUCAACAUCAGCUUACUUGCUGAACGCGCUAUCAUCGUUCAUGACCCUACUGUUCUCUCGGCCCAACAAAUCAUCACAAUUAUCGAAGAUGCGGGUUUUGAUGCAGCUAUCAUUUCUUCAGAGCCUAAACUGUCUACGUCUAGCUCUAUGAGCAGCGUAGCUCUGAGUUUACACGGCUUGCGCGAUGUAGUCGCGGCAAAUGAUCUAGAAGACUCCCUUCUCCGGAGACCCGGAAUACACUCGGCGUCCAUCAAUAUGGGCACAUACAAGCUUGCAGUUUCGUAUGAUUCUGCGAAAAUUGGGAUUCGUACCAUUGUUGAGGCGAUUGAGACUGCCGGCUAUAAUGCCUUGCUGUGUGAGUCGGACGACACCAACGCCCAAUUGGAAUCUCUGUCCAAAACCAAGGAGGUCCAAGAGUGGCGACGUGCAUUCUUGUUCUCUCUCUCAUUCGCGGUGCCCGUCUUCGUCCUCAACAUGUUGCUUCCCAUGUAUCUACCCAAGCUCGACUUCGGCAAGCUCCCGUUAUGCGCAGGCGUGUACCUCGGGGACGUGCUAUGUUUGUUGCUCACCAUCCCCGUCCAGUUCGGUAUUGGGAAGCGAUUCUACGUGAGCAGCUACAAAUCACUCAAGCAUCGCUCACCGACUAUGGAUGUUCUUGUCAUGUUGGGCACAUCUGCGGCUUUCUUCUACAGUGUCUUCAUCAUGCUUGUGGCCAUGUGCACAAUGGCCGACAAACGGCCCAACACCGUGUUUGAUACAAGCACCAUGCUCAUUACCUUCAUUACACUCGGAAGAUGGCUAGAGAAUCGGGCUAAAGGUCAAACGUCAGCCGCUCUCUCGCGACUCAUGUCCCUGGCUCCGUCUAUGACGACAAUUUAUGAUGAUUCUAUUGCUGCUGAGAAGCUCGCCGAGGAAUGGGAAACCGCCAAAGUUUACCCUGAUGAGAAGAAGCCGGCAUCAUCAAGCGCCGAAAGAUCUGGUCCAGGUCACAGAGUGAUCCCAACUGAGCUCAUUGAAAUUGGCGACAUAGUUGUUCUUCAUCCUGGUGACAAAGUUUCUGCAGACGGGGUCGUCAUUCGAGGCGAAAGUUACGUGGACGAAAGCAUGAUCACUGGUGAAGCGCUGCCCAUUUAUAAAAAGAAGGGCAGUACCGUCGUUGCUGGAACCGUGAAUGGCACUAGUUCGAUUGACUUCAAGGUCACCCGAACCGGCAAGGACACUCAGCUCAGCCAGAUUGUGAAAUUGGUUCAAGACGCGCAGACAAGCCGGGCUUCUAUCCAGCGGGUGGCGGAUAUUGUUGCUGGCUACUUCAUUCCGGCUAUCAUCAGUCUCGGUCUCAUCACGUUCUUUGGUUGGAUGUUCGUUAGCCACAUCUUCGUUGCCGAAGGCAGUGGCGGAAAAGUCAUGGUUUGCCUGAAGCUUUGCAUCUCUGUCAUCGUCUUUGCUUCCGUGAUGGUUGGUACUGGUGUUGUCAAGGGUGGUGCUAUCAACCACGUCGUCUUUGACAAGACUGGCACCCUGACUACGGGGAAGAUGACUUGGCAUGAAGGGCGUCGUCGACUUUGGUGGUUGAUCCACCCUAUCGGCAAGGCCAUCCUCUCAGCAGCAAAGGCGGAAUCAGGCCACUCCGAGGGCGAUGGACUACCAGGCAGCUUGGGUGACUUCAAUGCCCAUCCCGCGUUCAAUGGAGAACGGACAAGGUAUCGUGCUGUAAUUGGCAACGCCGCUUUCUUGCGGUCUCAAGCUGAAGAUCAGUCCACCGGCAGCCCGAAGCCUACCGCUGGCAUCACGCAGAUUCAUGUGGCCAUCGAUCACCAGUUUGCCGGAACUAUCUUCCUCCGCGACACUGUGAAAUCGACUGCCACUUCGCUCAUCACUGGAGAUACCAGGUCUACUGCCUUGUCCGUCGCUUCGGCCGUUGGUAUAACCUCUGAAUUCGUUCACGCUUCUGCCUCCCCGUCCGACAAACAAUCCAUAAUCGCUUCGAUGCAAGAAUCUGGCGAUGGAAUCAAUGACUCCCCGGCUCUGGCAACCGCAUCAAUCGGGAUUGCUCUGGCUUCGGGGACGGACGUCGCCAUGGAAGCCGCCGACAUCGUGCUCAUGCGGCCGGAUGAUCUCCUCUCCGUCCCCGCCAUCUUCAGGCGCAUCAAGCUCAAUCUCAUGUGGGCCUGCCUCUACAAUGUCAUCGGCCUUCCAUUCGCCAUGGGUCUCUUCCUGCCCUUCGGCGGCUUCAUGCUCCCACCCAUGGCCGCCGGCGCAGCAAUGGCAGCAUCCAGUGUCUCCGUCGUCGUCAGCAGUCUGCUCCUGAACUUCUGGAAACGUCCACGAUGGAUGGACGUCGAGAAGCUAGAGAAGGAAGCCCAGCUCAACUGGUGGGCCGCUGCUCUCUCUGUAUCCGGUCCUGGCGGUCGCGCGAGAGUCUGUCCGAGAACAAUAGACACCAAUGAUGGCUAUGUCCCUCUACAGGCGGUAGAUCCUGUCGUUUAAUUUGCCUCUGUACCCUUCUUGCAUGUUUUUGGGUGCUUCGUCUCAUGUGCAUCGUUCAUAGCUAGGAUUCGGCGUAUGAAGUACCUGCAUGAUGGAUGUCUCUUCUCACGGCUAUCUUAAUAAUUUGAAUUGCAUAGACAUAUGUGGUUUUCGAGGGUCUUACAGAUGUUCAUCGAUACGUAGUAUCUUUACG